CGCUAGUAACAUAGCAAUUCCCCUAUAGGCUAUGUCCAUAUUUAAAUCAUUACCGUGUAUAACCAAUAAUAACUAUUUUCAUGAAAAGUCAUACAAUGAAGACAUAAACUACGAAUGAAUAAACUAAAAAAUUGCUUAAAGGAGUAAUAACUGACUUCACUGUACCAGCAUUCCUUUCUUUCUUUCUGUAUUACUCUGUUUAUCUAAUUAUCUCCCCAACACCAACACAAACACUGCUCUGAUUCUUCAUCACCUGAAUAAUUCAUAAGAUCUACAGAAGGUUCUUUUUUACCUUUUGAUUUUGAUCGCACCUUUUUAAUUACUAUCGUUUUUAUUUUUUAAUUUUUACCUGUGUGUCGACAAAAAUUAAGGUUUACGAUUAGGGGAAGAUAACAAAAGCCAAAAAGCUUCCAACAGAGCCGGUGGCCAUGAAACAAUUACACAAACAAUCCAGCACGAAUCACAGGCGAGACGAGGAGAUGCCGUCGUCCGGACAAACUCCGCCGUAUUCACCCAAAUCCCUCAAGCACCCAACCAGAUCUUUGCCCAGAUCUCUCAAUUAUCUCCUCAGGGAACAAAGGCUUCUCUUCAUUCUGGUUGGCAUUCUGAUUGGGUCCACAUUCUUCAUCCUCCAGCCCAGCCUUUCCCUCCUCAAUCCUUCCUCCACCGACCACCCUCAUCCCAGAUCACACUUCCCCGUGAACCACGAAUCCGUGUAUUCAAAUGGGUGGUCUUCCAUGUCUGAUUCAUACCGUUCCGGUGGCAAUACUAACGGCAAGGGGACUGGAAGAGUUCCGGCGAAUAUAUUGCGGAGAAGGAUGAGGGUGGUGGUGACCGGCGGAGCGGGUUUCGUGGGGAGUCAUUUGGUGGAUAAGUUGAUUGCCAGAGGGGAUGAUGUGAUCGUGAUUGAUAAUUUCUUCACUGGGAGGAGAGAAAAUGUGAUGCACCAUUUUGGGAAUCCUAGGUUUGAGCUGAUUAGGCAUGAUGUUGUCGAGCCCAUUCUGUUGGAGGUGGAUCAGAUCUAUCACUUGGCUUGCCCUGCCUCUCCUGUCCAUUACAAGUACAAUCCAGUCAAAACUAUCAAGACAAAUGUGAUGGGUACGCUUAAUAUGUUGGGUCUUGCCAAGAGGAUCAACGCUAAGUUUUUGCUGACCAGUACAAGUGAAGUUUAUGGAGAUCCUCUUGAGCAUCCUCAGAAGGAGACAUAUUGGGGACAUGUUAAUCCUAUUGGGGUUCGAAGUUGCUAUGAUGAAGGGAAGCGUACAGCUGAAACAUUGUCCAUGGACUAUCACCGUGGUGCUGGUGUUGAGGUGCGCAUUGCACGUAUCUUCAAUACAUACGGACCUCGAAUGUGUUUAGAUGAUGGACGUGUCGUUAGCAACUUUGUUGCACAGGCCAUUCGUAAACAACCACUUACAGUUUAUGGUGAUGGCAAGCAAACAAGAAGCUUCCAAUACGUUUCUGACUUGGUUGAUGGAUUGGUGGCACUGAUGGAAGGAGAGCAUAUUGGGCCUUUCAACUUGGGUAAUCCUGGAGAGUUCACUAUGUUAGAGCUUGCCCAGGUUCGUCAAAGUUUCAUGCUCUUUGCAGAUCCUUUAUGUCUGAAUCAUUCCCUCCCAGCAAUGUCCGAACUGCCGAUAAUUUUUCUUACUCUGAUGCAGGUUGUCAAAGAAACAAUUGAUUCAAGUGCAACAAUUGAAUUCAAACCAAACACAGCUGAUGAUCCUCACAAGAGAAAACCUGACAUUAGCAAAGCAAUGGAGCUGCUUAACUGGGAGCCCAAGGUGUCCCUGAGGGAGGGGUUGCCUCGAAUGGUGACAGAUUUUAGGAAUCGCAUUUUGAACGAAGACGAAGGCAAAGGAAAGUGAUCCAAGGGGAGGUCUUCAGAAGUAGAAGAAUGUAUAGCAUAGCAUGAUUACGGUAUGCAUAUCGUGUAUGUGUUUAUUCAUGUCAGCCUCACUUUGUUUACGUAUUUUUUCACUUAAAAAAGAAUCACACAUACAACAUACGAAAGUUUUUUAGCAGUUCAUUUGGAUCAGUGGUAUGAAACAUCAAUCCAUUCGAUCCUUAAGUUUUGAUUCUUUUGUUAUACACAAUAUGUAUGUACUUGUGUGACUGGUGCUUUUAAGUUCAACUUUUGAAGUCGGUGAUUAGAAUUCCUUUUUAAUUUCCUAAGAUAACAAGAACUGAAUUGCAUUUUGCAGUUAUGAAAAUUACUCAUUUGCUGUCGUUAGGACAAUUUUGCCCUCUUCCUCCUCUUCCUACUAUUUCUUCUCCUUUCUUGAAAAAUAUAAUUAUUGAUCAUACUCAUUUAAACAAACUAAUUAUUAAAAAACAUAAUCAAUAACUAAAAUGAAUAUAGCAAAAAAUAAUAAUAAUAAUAACACAAAGAUAUAAUUAACACUAAAGUAAAUUUCAUUUAUAUAAACAACAAUUAUUAAUACUAUUCAUUUAAAUUUAAUUAAAUUUAAAAAAAUAUAAACAACAAAAAUUAAUACUACUCAUCUAAAAGAACUAAUUAUUGAAAAAUAUAAUAAAUAACUAAAAUGAAUAUGACACAAAAAAAAAGAAAAAAGUUUUUAAAAAAUUCUGGUUAGGGUAGCUGGCCCGAAACCGGCUAUCUAAGGAGGACCAGUGGGCUUGGAACUGGCUACCCAAGGAUAGGUAGCCGAUCCGGAACCGGUUACCUCUCUUACUGGCUACCAUUGACCAGAAUUUAUUUUUUAAUUUUUUUUCAAUUUUUUUGUAUUAUAUUCAUUUUAGAUAUUUAUUAUAUUUUUAAAUAAUUAUUAAUUUUUAAAUGAGUAGUAUUAAUCUUUGUUGUUUAUAUUUUUUAAAUUUAAUUAAAUUCAAAUGAGUAGUAUUAUUGAUUGUUGUUUAUAUAAAUGAAAUUUAAUUUAAUGUUGAUUAUAUUUUUUAUUAGUUUGUUUAAAUGAGUAAUAUCAAUAAUUAUAUUUUUUAAGAAAGGAGAAAAAUAAGAGGAACGAAGGAAAAAAUUGGAAGAAAAGGGGCAAAAUCGUUGUAACGCAACGAGCAAUUUUUAUAACUACAAAUAUCAAUCUCCAAGAAGAAUAAAAGAGGGCCCAAAAGUGAAUCAAGUUCGUCUCAUUUGCUGCGCCCAACAAAAACUUAUUUAAAUUGAGCCCUUGGAGUCCGAAAGCUCGAAAGACAUGGACAGGCACCUGGCCCGAAAAUAUAUCUAUUUUUUGUAGCCCAUACCCUAAUACAAGAAGGAAGACAAAGUUGCAUAGCAAAAGACUGAAAGAGGGUGUUUUUACCUAGUGAAAAGGAAAGCAGAAUGAAUGCAUUCAUGAAACAGAGGAGAAUUUUCAGUGUUUGAAAUAUCUUUAGGAUUUUUUUUUUUUUUGGGUCAGAACUGUUAUAAGUAGUGCAACUCUGGAAUAUAAUGGCCAAAAGAUUUAAAGCAUAAAACCCAAAGAAUCAGGUUCCUAAAAAAGCUUUUGGGUGGCGGAAUUUUGACAAAUGGUGGCCAUUCAAAGUAGCUUUGUGUUUAACUCUUUAAAUUCCCAGGGAAGAAUCGAAAAAGAGGACUAAAGUAGUAAAAAUGUGAUUUCAGUUUCGUGGAUAAAUGAAACAGCAUAUGUUCCUUCAGAAUCUGCAACUUCAAUAAUCAAUUCCCAUGAAAUUUCUCGCUAUAUUCUAUUGCAUGUGGUUGCCUUUUUCAUGUACUUAAAAACCACUUUUCUGGGUUUUCUCCAGUACAGCAGCACUGCAAUAGUUAUCAUUGCACCCAAUUAGACCAUAAUCCAGCUACCAAAGCAUCCCUUUUUUGUCGUGGUUUUUCCCUCAUCUUCCAAACAUAGUACCCUUCCUAUCCCAUUCCAUACAAAUGGACUAUCAAAAUGGGACGGACGGACGGGCUAAUUACAUUAUUACCGUGGUGAUGACAUGUUCUUUUUAUAAAAAUGUAGAGAGCUCUUAAGAUGGUUUGCUUUCAAACUUCUUCAUCUUAAUGAAGAAAGAACAGAAAGAAACCCCUUAAUGAAAACCACUUGUAUUGAAUAAGUCAAGAAUCAGAAUGCCUACCAAAUCUUACUUUCAACGACACCAAUAUAGAGAGAGUAGGAAAGAUGCACAGGAUUCAGUGGGUAAUAAUUGGAGAUGGAUGAUUGGGGUGAGUGAAUGGGAGAAAAAACCUUAGCAGAA